CUUUGUAUUUGGACGUGUGUAGCUUUGUAUUUGGACGUGUGUAGCCUUGUAUUUGGACGUCUUUGUAUUUGGACGUGUGUAGCUUGUAUUUGGACGUGUGUAGCUUUGUAUUUAAACGUGUGUAGCUUUGUAUUUAAACGUGUGAAGCUUUGUAUUUAA